AUGGCAAAAUACACCAUAACCCCCUGGCGCACGCCCUCGGACCUGCUGGGAGUCCGCUCUCAACUCUACCCAGCCCCAACCGCAGACCCAAGCUCAAACACCACGACGGAYCGUCUCCAAGCCGUGAACCGCAUCAUGGCAUGGAAACUUCGCGGAAACCUCCCACACGCAGUGGAAUCCACCGCUCUCCUCACAGACGCAAUUCUACAUCACCAACAACAAUCACAGUCCUCAUUGUCGUCUUUCAGCAUUCGUGCCGUCUACUCUGCCGCUUUCACGCGAUUUGUCACGGGCUUUUGCGAUAUAGGGAGAUCUCGGGAACGGAUGCUGGAGCCGAGCUCAAUGCUGGAUAUCGCGAGGAAGAUUGGGAUGCCUGUGGAAUUUGUGGGGCUACGGCAUGAAGCUACACACGAGGAACUACCUGGGUUGAGGAGAUUGGUCGGAGCUACGGAAGAGGCUUUGAGGUGGUUGUGGGAAGUUUAUUGGAGUCGGCUGAAGGAGGUGGUGCCUGAAGUCGAGAUGGAAAUUGAGGCGAGCGAGGAGGGUUUAGAAAAGAUCCGGGAGUUGCUGAAGACGUUCCGCACGGAGAGGAAGUUAGCCUUGAAGAAGAAAGGAAAGCAAAAAGGCAGUACAGAAAAACCAGUGGUGGAAGAAAAAACGGCGAAAGAGUGUGUGAGAAUCGUUGGCGGCACUGCACAGGGGAUAGAAAGCUUGGUACAGAGAUUUGUGCAAGAUAAGCUGCUGGUUCCAUCCAAGCGAGAGAUUGGAGAUCCACUUGACGGCGCAUAUCUAAUAUGGGAUCGCUUACUGAGAGCUAUCUUGGCCCAGCAAAGGGCAUUUCUUCCGGCCUUUGUCAAGAUCCUCCUGCAAGCCAUUGGCGACGUCAUAACAGACCAGUCAGAUGGAAAUACCGAGAAGGAGGCGCUGUGCAUGUGGCUGGUCCACACCGUAAGCAAGAAAAAGACUUGGGCGGUUGUCGCUAGCUCGGAUCUGGAUGCUUUGCGCAAGGAGAUGGUCAAGUGGUCUUGUACGCAUCCCGGGUAUUGGAGCCACUUUCUCGGCGUUCACCUUAUCAAAGCCGGUGGGCCAGAUUUUGCAAACAUCUGGGAAGAUGUGCUUGAGGCCAGUCGACUGGGCGAUGGCUACAUUGGCCAGGCAACAGUAGGUGAUGCUGAACUUGAAGUUGCGAGCAGUUCAGAGUCGGAGAUGCUCGAAGAUACUCUUCACCGAUCCGACGACAUGGAAGACGGCGAGUACCACCGCAUCUUGAAGCGUGCAACUACAUCGCCGAACCUGCCCAUAGGCGUAUGUCGAUAG